CUCGGGCGCUGGCAGCGCGCAGCGAGGUUCCCGGGGCCGGGCCGGGACCUGCCGAGAGCGGGUCCAUGGGCCGAGUCCUGCCGCGCUGCGGGGCGGCGCUGGGCCUGGCGCUGCUGCUGGGGGCUGUAGCCCUGCGGGGGGGCCACUCCCGCCUGCACUCCAGGCGCAUAUUGGACACGGUGGUGUCGGAGCCCGGCCCGGGGCUGCCCUGGUACAGACGUGUUGUGUAUGUGGAUGAUCAGGUCACCUACUUCUACACCAGCGGGAUGCAGAUGGUGGAGCCCGGCCCAGUGUGGAUGGCGCAGAACGAGGGCCCAGAGUUCUGGGACAAGAUGACCUGGUACGCACGGCGCUGGCAAGCAUGGUUCAGAGCAAGUCUGAACACCCUGGGUCAGCUCUACAACCAGAGCGAGGGUCCCCACCUGCACGCCUCGUGCCAAAUGGGAGAUGCCUCAGGGUUUCACAUUAUCCAGACGAUAUUUGGCUGUGAUCUCCGGGAAGACAACGCCACUCAGGGGUUUUAUCAGGAUUCAUAUGACGGACGAGACUUUCUUACCUUCGAUAAGGAGACCAUGACUUGGGUAGCAGCAGAUAUUGGGGCUCAGAUCACCAAGAGGAGAUGGGAUGCUGAAGUAGAUGACAACCAGGGAUGGAAUCACUACUUCAAGGAGGAUUGUAUUUCCUGGCUAAGGAGCGCUCUAGAGUACGGGAAGGAGACUCUGCACAGGAAAGUGCGCCCAACAGCUAGAGUGAGUGACAGGUCAUCUCAUGACGGCCUCACCACCCUCUCCUGUAAGGUCAGUGGGUUCUAUCCCCGGGACAUCACCGUGACCUGGCUGAGAGAUGGGGAGAGCAGACAGCAGGAGACCUACUCUGAAGGCAUCCUACCCAGUGGGGACGGGACCUACCAGACCUGGGUGACAAUGGAGAUUGAUCCCAAGAUCAAAGCCCAUUAUUCAUGUCACGUGGAGCAUGAAAGCCUGUUAGAGCCACUCUCCAUCUCCUGGGAACCAAAUAACAGUCUGAUUCCCAUUGUGGCUGGAGUUAUCACUGCAGUUGUCCUGAUUGGUGGUAUAAUUGGAGUAGUCAUCUGGAAAAAGAAACUCAGGUAA